AUGAGCGGCAGCGCUAGUACGAGCAGUUCAGCCAACCCUUUCUCAAAAUUGAUAUCACAAAAUAUAACUACUAUCCCAACAUUCAAACUUGAAUCUGGAGUAGAGUUGAAAGAUGUUCCAGUCGCUUAUAAAACAUGGGGCAAAUUGAACGAAAAUUGUGAUAAUGUUUUGGUUAUAUGUCAUGCUUUGACUGGAAGUGCAGAUGUAGAAGAUUGGUGGGGUCCAUUGUUAGGUCCUGAUAAAGCAUUUGAUCCCACUCGAUUCUUCAUAUUCUGCGCAAACGUCAUGGGAUCUCCUUAUGGUACGAUAUCAAGUGUGACUACGAAUCCUGAAACUGGCAAACCGUUUGGUCCUGAAAUGCCUGGAAGCAGUGUCAAAGAUGACGUGCGACUCCACUAUAUAGUGUUGAAAUCACUUGGAGUCAAAUCUGUCGCAGCUGUUAUUGGAGGUUCAAUGGGAGGAAUGACAUGUUUAGAAUGGCCAUUAAAUUCACCACCUGGAUUCGUUAAAGCGAUUGUACCAUUAGCCACUUCCGCUAGACACUCGGCAUGGUGUAUAUCAUGGGGUGAAGCUCAACGACAAUCAAUCUAUUCAGAUCCAGAUUAUAAAGAUGGUUAUUAUUACGAAAAUGAUCAACAAAUCGAUCUGAAUAAACAACCUACAAGAGGAUUAGCAGCUGCUAGAAUGGCCGCGUUAUUAACGUAUAGAAGUAGGGAUUCAUUCGAAUCUAGAUUCGGUAGAAGAUCAAACUCAUCAAACUCUCAACAAAACCAUAAAGGAAAAGUACCAAAAGGUGGUGUUAGAAUUAUGGGUGGAGAAAAAACUACUGAUCCUUCAGCUCCAUCAGAUUCGGAUUUAUCUUCCACUUCAGGAUCAGGCACAACAAGGGAGAAAGCUUGGAGAGAACAUAAUGAUGGUCAUAGAUCUUCUUCAAAUAUAAAUUCAAGAAGAGGCUCAAAUUCCUCAAACUCAACUACUGCGACAGGUAACGGUGAUAUUCAAACUCCCGAAUUGGAGAAAAAUCUGUUAUUGGUGAAUGAUAAAAUAGGUCAAGGCGUUGCAUUAGGUUCUGCGUCUGCUUUGGUAGAAGGAAAAUUGAAUACAGGUGGGGAAAAACAACCAAAAAUAUUCAGCGCCCAAAGUUAUUUGAGAUAUCAAGGUGAUAAGUUCACGAGUCGAUUCGAUGCUAAUUGUUAUAUCCAUAUCACACGUAAACUUGAUACGCACGAUUUAUCAUUACCAUCAAACGACUCAUCUUUAUCAUCUUUAUCAUCCCAACUUCCUAUUCCACCUAACGAUCCUGAUUCACCACCUUCAGACUCAGAUUUAGAAUUACUUUUAUCCAAUGCUUUGGCGCUCGAACCACCUGCACUGGUAAUCGGGAUUGAAUCAGAUGGGUUAUUCACAACUUCCGAACAAAAAGAAUUAGCAGCACAUAUACCAGAAGCUGAAUUAGUAGUCAUCCCAAGUCCGGAUGGUCAUGAUGGUUUCUUAUUAGAAUUCGAAGCUAUCAAUCAUUGGAUUGAAGGGUUCCUGAAACGUAAAUUACCCGAAUUCUACAAUGAGAGAAUAACUACUAUUGAAGAAUACGGUAAUGAAGCGAAUGGAUUCGGUGUAAAAAAGGAAAGUGUAUUUGGUGAAGCUGAGGCGGAUGUGACUAGAUGGUAA